AUGGCGGGCAGCAGCUUUGAGGCUGAGUUCCUAAAGAGUCACAAUGCAUACCGCAAACAGCAUGGAGCGCCGCCCCUCACCAUAAACAAAACCCUGUGCCACUCCGCACAGGCAUGGGCGGAGCAUCUGCUGUCAAUCACGACCCUCAAACACAGCAACAAGGACUACGGAGAAAAUCUGUAUUAUGCUUGGAGUUCAGCUACCAAAAAACUCACAGGUCACUUCACACAGGUGGUCUGGAAGGACACUAAAGAGGUGGGAGUUGGACUGGCCACUGAUGGGAACACAACUUUUGUUGUGGGUCAGUACCUACCAGCUGGAAACAUCACAAAUGCAGAUUAUUUUGAAAAAAAUGUCCUACCGGCAGGCACCAAAGUAGACUCAAAGUCCACUGGUACAACUGACAAAGUGGAACAAGUGCAUGGUGCAUCAGGCAUAAAUUCAAAGCAAGCACCUUCAGUGCUUCGCAGUACUGAAAUAUCACCACCCGGGGACCGAGGAGAACAUCAUGUGGGAAGCAGCUUAAAGGCAGACAGCAGCUUUGAGGCUGAAUUCCUGCAGACUCACAAUGCAUAUCGCAAACAGCAUGGAGCCCCACCCCUCACCAUAAACAAAAACCUGUGCCGCUCCUCACAGGAGUGGGCCGAAUACCUGCUGUCAAUCAGUACCCUCAUGCAUAGUAGUGGAGAGUAUGGAGAGAAUGUGUAUUACGCUUGGAGCUCAGCUAGCAAAAGACUCACAGGACGUGAGGCAGUGGAAAGCUGGUACAGUGAAAUUAAAGACUACAACUUCAGCAGGCCUGGAUUCACCUCCAAAACAGGUCAUUUCACACAGGUGGUGUGGAAAGACACAAAGGAGGUGGGGGUUGGACUGGCCACUGAUGGGAACACAACGUUUGUGGUGGGUCAGUACCUCCCAGCAGGAAAUAUCAGCAAUGCUGGAUAUUUUGAAAGAAAUGUUCUACCAGCAGGCUCCAAAGCAGACUUCAAAUCCACUCCCUCUGCUGACAGAGUUGGACAAGCACUUGCUGCUCUCAGCAUCAAGUCAAACCAAUCACCUUCAUCAUCUCACACUUCUGGACCAGCACCACGUAAGAGUCAGUGUCCACAGAGCAGCAGUUCAGAAGGUGAGAACUUGUCCCAGUUUCGUCAGUCUCUCCUUGAAGCGCAAAAUGAUUACAGGCGGCAACAUGGAGCACGGCCUCUGUCACUGUGCCCCAUUCUCAGUAAAGAGGCUCAGGAUUGGGCAGCACAUCUGAUUAGCAUUAACGCCCUAAAGAACAGCAGCAAAGGUUAUGGAGAGACUAUGUCAUACAAAUGGACAUCCACCAUGGUGCCUCCAACAGGAAAUGAGGUUGCUGAAUCAUGGUACAAGGAAAAUGUGAAGUACAACUUUGCAGCCCCUGGCUUUCAGAAUGGAACUGGUAACUUCACCCAGAUUAUCUGGGGGUCUACAGAGCAGGUUGGGGUCGGCCUGGCAUCAGAUGGAAAGGGCAAAUUCAUCACUGUGGCCUUUUACAAACCUCCUGGCAACAUCAACAACCCUGGCUACUUCCAGGAUAAUGUCAAACCUGCUGGGAGGUGAUCUGUUGAAUAAGAUUAUUCAGUCAGUUAUACAGUCUUAUGCAUUUUAUUAAUGUAAUUUAAAAAAAAAGUGAUCCAAGAUAUUACUUGUAUGUUAACAGAAAGUCAAUCAUCUAAAUAUAUUGCAUAUACAAAU